GUGUUUUGUUUACAUUAUCAUCAUGUGAAUGUUUCAAUUUUAUUCAAGAAUCAUUUUAUUCUAAUUGUUUCUGGUUAUAUUAAUAAAUAACAACCAUCCAAAACAUCAUCAUCUCCAUUGUAAUAUGUCGUUAAAAAAUCAACAGCAACAAAUUCACGAAAUUCGUUCCAUUGUUUUGGAACAAUAUGAAAAACAUCCUGAAUUAUAUGAUUCAAUUGAUAUUGAAUGGAUCCAAAAUGAUGAUUGGCCAAUCGAAGAAUGUAUACGUAGCGAUAAAUUGUUUAAUAAUUUUAAAAUUCUAAAUGAUGGCCUUCUAUUUCGCAAACAACAACGUCUACCACGAUUGAUUGAAACGGAUUUUCCUGCUGAAUUAUUUCGUAUUGGAUUCGUACAUGGUAAUGGCAAAGAUUAUGAUGGCAAUGAAUUAUUGUUUAUACGAGUAAAAUGUUAUUAUAAAAUUCGAUUACGUGAACAGAUUUUUCGUAAUUUUAUCCUAUUUCAAAUGGAACGCUGUCUUCAUCGAAGCCAUGGUCAUGGUAUAACCAUGAUUGUUGAUUUUAAUGGUUUUAGUUAUGCUAAUAUUGAUCUGGAUUUUAUUAUAUGGGGUGCAAAAUUAUUAACAAAAUUUUGUCCUAAAUCAUUGAAACGUAUUGUCUGUUAUGAUAUGUCAAGAAUUGUUAUACCAUUUUAUAAUAUAUUCAAAAGAUUAUUAUCGGAUGAAAUACAACAACGUUUACGAUUUUGGAAUGAUGAUGAAAUAUUCAAAUAUAUUGAUCGAAACAAUUUGCCCAGAUAUCUGGGCGGUACUUGUCAUCAUUAUCGAAAUGUACCCAUUGAAUGUCAAUCGAUAAUCGAUUAUGGCCAUGAUCAUGAUUGGUCUGAUAAUGAUAUUGGCCAUAUAUUAAAACUAAUUAAACCAAAUCUAGACGAAUCGGAAAUGUUCGAAUGUUCGAAAGAAUGAUUCGGGCUACAAUUUUUGUUGUUCAUUUUUAUAUUUGUUGUCAUUCGAUUUUUAUCAUAAUUACGAUAUAUAUAUGAAUUAAAUAUGAAAAAUGAUCCAAAUUUCGAUUACAAGCGAUUUAUUUCUGUCUCUCUCUCUCUUUCUUUCUAAACAAUUCAUAUUUCUCAAAUCCAAUGUUCGACUCACACCCAGAGAUUGUAUAAAGACAGAAUUGUUCUUUUUUUUUGCUAUCAAUGUUAACAAAAUGACGAAAAUUCAAUUAGUAUACAAAACAAUUAAGACGGAAUUGGAUCCAAAAAUAAAAUA